AUGCUUGAUCAGAAGUUUCGAUCCCUUCCCCAGCCGCCGCCACUUGGCUUUCCGAUUCCUGCAGACCGCCACGCAAUAUCUGUCCAACUUCCAACAUGGGCGGACCUACAGGGAAUGGUCGCACAAGAUCCACGCAUCCUUCAACGGCAGCAGAUUGGGUAUCCGAGGUCGUUCUUGAAUCAGAAUGUCGUUCGAGUCAGCGAUGCAUGCCUCCAGCAUUUUGGGCAACCUGACGAAAACUGCCUGGUGUUUCCUGCGCGUGAACACGCACUCGCCUGCAGAGCCUUACUCCAAAGUCUGGCUUCUGAUUCUUCUCAAGAGUGUCGGACACUCGCUGCGGACUUUAUUCUGGAUGCAGGUCUCGGGAACACCCGUCGGCGGUUUUUCCUGGUGCUGUUCCCUGCUAAAUCUAAUAGCACAGCGAUGGGAUUCUGGCGACUGACAGGAACAGGUAUCUCAUCGCGUCUCGCCGAAAGCCUCCAUGCCGGUUUACAUCGUAUCCAGGCCGUUCCCCUGAAUGACUCGGCCGAUAGACCCGGCCUGCACCGAGAACUUGCGAAUAGAGACACUGAUGAGAUUGUGAAGUCACGCAUCGUAGGUCUGCUGAAGCGAGGUUCCACAAACCCAACCCACAGUGCACAAUUCUCCCCGUCAGAUGUCUAUCUGUAUCCCUCGGGCAUGGCUGCAAUAUACGGGCUGAACAAGGUUCUCCAGGCGUGGAUGCCCGAGCAGAGCGUCGUUUUCGGCUUCUCGUACGAACUCACCCUGAAGCUUCUCGAGGUUUUUGGUAGAGGAGCCAAAUUCUACGGUCGGGGGACUUCAGCAGAACUAGAUCAAUUUGCGGAAUACCUCUCUAACGAAAGGCACAAUGGUCGCUCCGUACAGUCAGUGUGGUGCGAAUGUGCAUCGAAUCCUUUACUUCGCACGGUCGACCUUGCCCGCCUUCGUCGGAUGGCCGACGAGUACGGCUUUUUACUUGUUGUUGACGACACGAUCGCGAGCUUUGCCAACGUCGACCUGGCCGGUAUCGCAGACAUAAUCGUCACCUCCCUGACGAAAACUUUCAGUGGUUACGCCAAUGUCUUGGCUGGGAGCAUCGUCCUGGAUCCGAACUCGAUAGCUUACCCUCGCCUGAAGCAGAUAUUCAACGAUCACUAUGUCAACGAGCUUUUCAGCACCGACUCAUUGAUUUUGGAGCAUAACAGCCGGGACUUUCUUUCCCGAGCGAGUAGACUGAACACGAACGCAAGUGCCCUAGUAACGAUGCUCGAGCCAUUGGCCGGAACACCUUCAAGCACAGUCGUCGAUGUUUACUAUCCUUCGAGAUGCUGGUCGCGACCGAACUAUGAUGCUCGUAUGCGCCAUGCCACAAGCGAGUUCACCCCUGGCUAUGGCUGCCUCUUCACUGUGGAGUUCGAGAGCAUCUCAACCGCCUCUGCGUUCUUCGACGCGCUCAACAUACACAAAGGCCCGUCACUCGGGACUCCAGUUACCAUUGUACUCCCAUAUGUCCAGUUGGUCUUCCCAAGAGAGGAGGAGAAGCGUUGGGCUGCAUCUCAUGGGCUUCGGGAGGCGAUUGUUCGAGUAUCUGUCGGCCUUGAGGACCGGGAUGCGCUGGUGCGUGAGUUUAGACGCGCCUUGCGAGUGGCGGACAAGUUCAAACGGGGCAGAGAGAGCCGCGGGUUCUUUGAGAGCGUUUUGUAGAUACCCUAGGGAAGUCUCGGGACAUUUUUCUCAUCGUAUCAAGCAAGUGGACAAGCUG